AUGUUUUGGCGGUUUGGCGGAUACGCCAACAUCUCCACGAUUGAUACCCUUCUCGACAAGGUCGACGUCACCCUCGAAGAACUGUUAGACGAGAGUGAUUUGAUACAGGAACUGAAGCAGCACAAUACCAAACUCAUCGAAUACCUGCGAGAAGACAAGAUCUUGGAGAGGUUGCUGGAGUACGUUGUAGCCCCGAAGAUUGAAACUACUGUUACGUCAGAGGAGGCCGAGGAGAAGCCGGAAUCCGAGGAAUCAAAGGGCAAAGCGCGAUCCUUCUCAAGAUCUCGAGACUCACCAGAGGACGACGAAGACGAGAAGGAGAAGAAACGCAGCCGAUAUGCAUACAUUGCGGCCGAGAUCCUCUCAUCGGACAAUUGGUCAAUAUGCGAGGCUUUGAUGGAGAACGUGCCGCUGUUGCGCAAAUUUUGGGACUUCUUAAAGCUUCCUCCACCAUUGGAUCCAUUACAGGCAAGCUAUUUUACGAAAGUUAACGAGUCUCUUCUGGACAAGAAGACGGAGGAGAUGUUGGAUCUUUUUAAGUCACUUGAUGGGGCAGUGAAGAAUAUGCUGCAGCAUGUCGACUCUCCCAUGGUAAUGGACUUGCUUCUGAAGAUCAUCAGUCUGGAGAAAGUAGAAGGUGGCCAGGGAAUAGUUGAUUGGCUUCACUCGCAGGACUUGAUGCCAAUUCUCCUCUCCUUCCUCUCAUCAGAGCAUUCUUGGGCGACACAAACCUCCGCAGGGGACUUCUUAAAAGCCAUCAUUACUAUUUCAGCCAACGCAUCACAAAACGAGCAAUCAUGCAUAGGACCAAAUGAGCUCACCAGGCAACUCGUGUCACAACCCUGUGUUGAGAAGCUUAUUGCCGAUAUGUUGAAGGGUGGAAAUCCUUUGACCGUUGGAGUUGGAAUUGUGAUUGAAGUUAUCCGGAAAAAUAACUCUGAUUAUGACCCAGAUGUUGGGGCUGAAGUGAAUUCGCCUCCAUCAAGUAGGGAUCCCAUCUACCUCGGAACGCUUUUGCGAAUGUUCGCUCAGCGAGUCCCGGAUUUCAUGGAUCUCAUCCUCAGUCCGAACCACACCAUUGGUGGAGGAGAUGAUGGUCCCACGACGAUAAGGAGAAAGGAAUUGUCAUCUGCAUUCGGGGGUAGGAUUGAACCUCUUGGAUUCGAUAGAUUCAAGACGUGCGAGCUGAUGGCCGAGCUUCUCCAUUGCAGUAAUAUGGGACUCCUAAACGAAAUCGGCAGCGAGGAAUUUGUCAAGGCUCGAGACCUGGAACGCGAGAGGUUGAGGACUGAAGGCAAGCUUGGCGUCUCUUACAACCAUCUAGGUGCUUCGGAGGAAGACCUUACCAUGAAAUUACCAACACAAGCUCGACUAGGGUCAUUCGAUGGGCCGCGAAAGCUUGAGGUUCAAAAUGCUUCAGACGACGAUGGGUUCGAGGAAGUUACCCAUUCUGCUGAUCUGGGCGAUGAAGAUAAGGAUGAUUUUGACGAAAAGCCAGGCGAGGAGAAUAUGCUCACCUCUGACAAGCGAACACCACUUUCUUUUCUCGACAAGGACGACGACGAAUUUGUUGAUGAACCCUUGAGCUCGCCCAGACUUAAAAAUGUCGAGCUGGAUCAGCCGCCUCAAGCGCUUGAGCCUGAGUUAAUGGUACAACCACUCUCACCUACCAAGGAGCUCUCUCAAAAGGUAGACUCGCUUGGAUUGAAAGAAGAGGAUACACACAUGGCUUCUCCCCCACCAUCUGUCGACGGCCAAACGGCCAAUAGCGAGUCCUUCGCAGGUGACUCUAGCAAAAUCUCGCCAGAGUCAAAGGAAUCGGCUGAUAGCCCUUCUCAAAACGAACAAGCCAAGGCCGCAGAGCACGAGGCUGCAACUUCUGAGCGAAUUCCAUCGGAGGACUUGGCAUUGCUUCCACACCCAGAAGACAAACCAGCGCCAUUGUUUGCCAAGAAGAGCCCAUCAACAGAAACUACAGAACCGCAACCAGCGGAAUCAAAUAUAAACGCAGGGAAUCUAGACACCACAAUGGGAGAGGCGGGUGAUAUCUCCAAUUCAGUCGUGAUGGGAAACGAAGAGGAUCAUCAGCAAUCUUCGAGCGAGGAACCAAUCACCCCAGUGGUGGGAGACUUUCUUAAGAUGCAAUUUGUGGAGCAUAAGGUGGUGCCAACUAUUCUAGACUUUUUCUUCCGAUUUCCUUGGAAUAACUUCCUACAUAAUGUCGUCUAUGACGUUGUACAACAAGUAUUCAAUGGCCCUAUGGACCGUGGCUUUAAUCGUAUGCUGGCUAUCGAUCUGUUCGAGACCGGUAAUAUCACAAUGCGGAUUGUUGAUGGGCAAAAGAAGAGCGAUGAAGCACAAGAGAAGAAUAAGAUGCGUCUUGGUUACAUGGGGCACCUGACACUCAUUGCAGAAGAAGUGGUCAAAUUUACUGAACGGCACCCCCCAGAGCUUCUCUCUGAAUCGGUACUAGAGAAAGUCAUGAAUGGCGAGUGGAUAACAUAUGUGGAGGUCACCCUUGCUGAAACCCGCGAACGAGACAACGCAAUUCUUGGAGGAGUAAGACCAGACAUGGCUGUCGGCCCACGACAAGCUGUCAUGAAUGCUGUCAACGCAGCCAGUGGUUUUGGCGGGGCUUCUUCGGCCCUGGCAGACGCGGGUCUCAACGGAUCAGCAGUCCUCGAUAGCAUCGACAUGGCAAAUGGCAACGGUAACACGGGAAGCUUCACUCUAUCUAGCGGGGCACUGUUAAGUGGCUUUGGAAGCUCGAGUGACGAAGAAGAUGACGAGAUGGAUGAAGAUAAUGAUGAGGAGGGAAAUCGGAAUUCUGGCGCGGCUGAAGUGGGUCAUUCUGUUCCUCCAGCUCCCAAUCUUGACAAGUUCGACGACGAAGAAGUCGAUUUCGAGUACUUGGAGCAACUUGAUCGCGAGACCCCCUUAUUUCCCGAGGGCGGAGUCCACAAUCAGUGA